GGGCGAAGCGGGCGGUCAGCGUGGGGUUGGGCCGCGUCGCAGCGCAUCGCAUCGGAUUGCAUUGCAUUGCAUCGGAUUGCAUCGCAUUGGAUCGUGGUGCAUUGCAUUGGAUUGCAUUGUGCCGCAUCGCCUUAUAUCUCAUCGCAGCGCAUCGCAUCUCACGACCGAGCUAUGGAGGACCGCAAGUGGAAGACGCUCUCUGCGACCACCCCAAACGGCGCUGCCCGUGCCCUCUUCUCAGAGAUUCUGGCAAAGUACGGUGCCGCCACUCAGUUCGUGCUCCGAGGCAUCGUCUCUGCCGAGGCAAAGAGCUACUUCAUCCAAACGAUCCUUGAUGUCCUUGUCCAGCCAGUCGAAACCCGGCCCUGGGACGAUGCAGUCCGGCAGCGUGCUUUGAACUGCCUCCGUGUUCUUGGACGAGAGCCCCUGGGAUGCUCUGCGUUAUAUACCCCGCAGGGCAUCGGGCUGCUGAUCGAGCAGGCCCAGAUCCGCCCAGACUCAGUCUUUAGCGACUCUGAGUGUGCCCUCGAAGCCCUGCGGGUGCUCUCAAACUGCCUCUUCCAGAACCUGGGCUGCAUACCUGUGUUCCUGUCGGUCGGCGGCGGGGAGGGAUGCGUCAAUGCACUGAAGCUUCCGGCCCUCUCGCUCAAUGCCCGGUUCCUCGUCGCGCGCAUUCUUUUUCUGGCGACGCAUACUGGAGACCCGGUCAUUCUUGAAAAUGCCCACAGGAUCGGGGCCGUCGAUACGCUCGCCGACUGCUUCAACCGCACUCUCGAUGAACUGCUUGCGAACCUGCCCGUGCCUGAAGGAAGCGCCGACUACACCAUGACGCUCUCCGAGAUCCUCAAGAUCCUCUUCAGCUUCAUGCACCACGAGGUCAACACGGGCAUCUCCGACAGCCUCCCCGUCAGUCAGUGGCCUACUGAAGGACGAUCGAAAGCCGAGGCCACAAAAACCAAGAUUGCCGAGCGCUACCGAGGGUUCUUUCCGGGAAUUCUCAAGCUGUUCCGAGCUACUCCGAUCAGCACUACUCAGCCGCUCGCACCGCCGCACAACCAUAUCGUUCACGCACUGAUGAAUUACCCGGUUCGAGAGGAGCCGUGGUCUCGCGAAUGGUUCCCGGUCUCCGCAGAGACAAACAAGACCGACUACGAGGCGGUUGUCAAGCUCAUGGAUCUUCUGGAGCGCAUGGUAACCGUUGCGAUCCCGCCCCGGGGACGCGACGACUAUGACUUUGAUGACGGCGCCCUUGAGUUGCAGGGAAACAAGCUAGACGAUGUACUCCCGCCGGUGAUUCUGGUGCUUACCAGCGUCGCCAAGGAAAACCAUGGCGCACGCAAGUUGAUGCGAAGGCGGUUGAUGCCUGAGGACAUCGACCGAAGCAAGCCGCUCGAUCGGAUCGAAACAGUCACUGGACGGCUGAUCCGCUUCAUGACCAGCAUCAGCCUGCCCAACGUUAAAGUCUGCACGGGAGAGUUUGUGUGCGAGCUCUUUGAUGCCAACCCGCAAAAGCUCGUGGAGUACGUUGGGUACGGCAAUGCUGCUGGAUUCUUGUUUGCACACGGCAUGAUGGGCGGCCAGCAGCCGCCAAGCACUUCGUCCAUCACCCCUCUGGCCGAAGGCGACGCCGAGGAUGAGACAGCCACCAUCACUCCCAGCACCAGCCAGACGCGCAGCGAAUAUGAGCCCUCGCUCCAAACGUCAACGGCUCCGAGCCAGACUCCAACGCUCAAACCGACGCCGCCCAUCAACCCCAUCACUGGCUCGUACGAGCAGGAGGAUCUGAAGGAGGAAUGGAACAAGAUGACUGACGAGGAGAAGGAGCGAGAAGCAGAGCGGCUGUUUGUUCUGUUCGACCGCUUGAACAAGACGGGGAUCAUCAAGGCUGUGCCCACCGAUCAGUUUGACCAGGCGCCCAAGUAACCUGCGCGGCGUCGUGUAGAUCGCAUGGCGGAUCGACGGGAUUGCUCACCCAACGACCCCAUUACAGCCGAAUGAGCUUCUUUGCCAGGCCGACGGAUGAGCUCUUGCUCCUUGGCACGACACCCGAGAAGACAGUCUUGAAUACACUCGGUCGAUCUCCUGUGGCGAU